UUGAUGUUUUUUGUGAAAAAAGAAAAAUGCCCAAAAUGAGCUGGAUUGCUGCUCAGCAGUUUUGAGACAUUUUUGCACUGUGGGGAAAAAUACAGUUCGUGGUUAUUUUCUUGUUUGCAUCCAAAUACUUUGUUGUUGAAUUGUGAAUCUUUUAGACGUGCCUUAAAAAAUCCAAUCAUCCAUUAUCUGAUCCACUUUUCCUUACUAGGGUCGCGGAUGUGCUGUAACCUAUCCCAGCUGUGAGGCAAAGUACACCCUGAACUGGUCGGCAAUUAUUUCUAAAUAAUGAAUAAAUAAUGUAGCCGGUAAACUUUGAAGACCAAACAAAUCAGGACUGCGUGUGACGUCGUCGGGUCUGCCCCACACUCCCCAAGGUUAAUAGAGCCGGUGGCAGUCACGUCAUCGGGCUCACUCGAGUAGUUGGCACUUUGUGCCCCAUGAGCAACUCCUUCAAAGACUGAAUUGACGACUUAUCUGACCCAAAGCGCAGAGUAGGUGUAUAAAGAUCUAAAAUAGACAUAAAUACAAGAAUAAUGAAUUCCGUGGAGGGGAGGAUCUCUGUGUGGGUGCGCGCGGAGGAGAAGCUCGUCUUCGGCUUGUCGAAACGCACAACUUGCGCCGAUGUGGUCGAAGCGCUCCUGAAGGAUUUAAAACAACCCGAACCGGUGCUGCCGCAUCGCUACAGCAUUGCAGAGAAUUGGAGGGGCCUCCAGAGGGUUCUACCCGACCGGACCAGGAUUUGGCGCCUUUGGGUGGCGUGGGGAGAGGAACGGGACCGGGUGAGGUUCGUAUUAGUGGGCUGCAGCGAGGCGGCCCGGAGCGCAGAGGCGCGCGUGAUGCUGCUCGGCAAACACAACCAUGUGUCCAAAUGGACUCCGGGCUCUUAUUUGACGGAGGUCCCGAUGGACAAGCAGCGUCGGAUCGUCAAGAAAGCUUUCAAAAAGUUGGAGAAGAUGCAGAAAAAACAGCCUUCCUCUUCUGGCGCGGGCAGGUUGCAGGCUUUGGCACGUCUCGUCGUCUCCCAGGACCGCACCAUCCGCCUGCAGGCUCUCAGGAUUCAGCAACUGGAUGCUGAGAUUGAAAGGCGAGAGGUGGAAGUACAUUUGGACCGAACCCGAACCUACGGUGUCGAUUAUGUGCGGAACACUUAUUUAUUCGCGCGUGCAGCAGAGGACGUUUCCAAUCAGGAGCGGUGCUCUUUGGAAGUCUUGCUUCACCUGUGUGACGUCAUGUGUCAGGAGGAGCUGCGGGAGCAGGAAGCGCUCACCGACAUGUUGACCGCGCAGAAGGAGGACAAGUUCAACCGCCACUGGAUGCGGAGGAGGCGAGUAGAGGAGGAGGAGGAGGAGGAGGAGGAGGAGACCUCAGCAUCCUUCAUCGCAGCAGGAGACGAGAUGCUUUUGAAGGAGCGGCUGAGGAGAUUGCUGGAUGUGAUUUUGUUUGUGGGCCUGUGCCUGCGCUCAGAUUUGGAGGCUAUUAGGGGCGAUUUGGAGCUGAGCCGGCAGAUUUGCAGCAGUCGCGAGGAGGAGAUGAGGGAUUUGCUGGAGAAAAUCAACUCUUUGGGAUCGGAGGACGGGGGUGACACUCAGGAGGAGACAGAUGAAGCCCAGAGGAUGAUGAGUAGUUUGGAGAGGAAGAGUGAGUGGGUAGAGCAAGCGAGGGGUCUGUCCAAAUGCGACGAUGACGACUCAGACACGGGUUUGAGCUCUCUCCACAGCCAGGAGUCGGACAACCUCACUGUGUGCCAGUCUCUGGUUUAGAAUUGGACUUUGGCUCAAUCAUGUCUCUCACUCAGCCUCAGCCUCGUCUCUGAUUGUAGAAUUUGACUGUCCAUGUCCAUGUCACUGACUCUGGAACUGAGCCACCCUCAACUAUGCAUUUGCAAUGAUGCAACUAGAAACCAGUCAGGACCACAUUUUUUUUACUCAAAAACUGGACCUAUCUGGCUGGCCCUUGUCUCUGACUUGAGAUGCAGACCAGCACGGGCCAUGUCUGACUCUAAAACUAGAAUUGUUUGGAUAGCAUCUAUGAGUCUACACCUGCACCACUUUGGACAGCGUCUCUGAGUCUGGAAUGGACCAGUCAGCCUUAUGUGUGUGACUCCAGAACUCGACCGUCUGGACCUUGUUUCUUACUCGAUACAACUGAGCCAUCUUAGUCCCGACUUGGACCAGUCUGGACAAUGUCUCAGAAUGACUCUGAAAUUGCACCGGGAAUGAACAUGUCUCAGGCGGCCCGGUGGGCAGCUGGUUAGCACGUCCGUGCCACAGUGCAAAAGUUCAAAUCCUGGCUCCGGCCUUUCUGUGUGGAGUUUGCAUGUUCUUGGGUGGCUUUUCUCUUUUACUCCACAUUGCAAAAACAUACGUGGCAGGCUAAUUGAACACUCUUAAAUUGUCCCUAGGCGUGAGUGUGAGCGCUCACAAUUGUUGUUCCUCUAUGUGAACCCUGCGAUUGGCUGUGAACCACUUCAGGGUGUCCCCCGCCACGACAGCUGGGACAGGCUCCAGCACAACUAUUCACACUCACACACCUAAGGACAAUUUACAGUGGUCCAUCGAACUGCAACGCAUGCUUUUGGAAUGUGGGAGGAAACCGGAGUACCCUGAGAAAACCCAUGCAGGGACAGGAAGAUCAUGCAAACUCCACAGAGGAAGGCCAGAGCCCAGAAUCAAACCCUGCACCUCUGCACUGUGAGCCGGACGUGCGAACCAGAUGACUACUGUGCCUCCCCGUUUGUAAUAUAUCAGAUUUAUUGGUUUAGGUAACAAUUGAUAAGAUUAGCUGGAAAACAACCUUUAUUGAGCCAAGGUGCCAAAUUUUCAUUACAAAACUCUCACGGGUAAAACGUAUGCCAAAACAUAAAUAGGUAUGAAUAAUGUUCUGAAAUAAUGAACUUGUCUACUCUCACCUCUGUCACAAAUUGCUUAAAGGCACUUGAAAAGGAGCUACUUCUAUAAUUUUUGGUCUAACAUCACACGUUUAUCGCAAUGGUUUCUGGGAAAAUAUAUGGUCCAGAAUUUCUUUUUCACCGUGACAGGCCUACAGGUAGGUGAAAAAAAAAGUCCAUGAGGAAGAGGGAGAGAUACAGUUUGUUUGUUUUUUAAUUCACUGAACUACAAGAUCAUGUCACACAGUUGGUUUGUUUUCUUCUUUGUUAACAAAAUUAAUGCUGUCAUUAAAAUGCAUAUUUGUU